AGUGGCGUCAUGUUGCGGAGGAUUCUGGGAAGUACCGGUGUCACAAGGAGAAACGUGGUCAGACCAGAGCAGGCAAAAUAUUUACAGUUCGUGUCAGCUGUCAUUUAUUAAUGUCGCAGAAAUGGGAACUAAAACGGAGCCGCUCAAACGUUACAUUUGCUCGUUUACCGGCUGCUCGGCGGCUUAUAACAAACAGUGGAAACUGGACGCUCACCUGUGUAAACACACCGGAGUGAAGCCGUACACAUGUGAGCACAGCGGCUGCGGUAAGUCCUUCUGCAGUCCUUACCACCUGACGAGACAUGAGCUCACUCACAGCGGGGUGAAGCCGUUUCAGUGCACCGAGGACGGCUGCGAGGAGGCCUUCACCACCAACACUAACCGGGACAGACACAUCAGCCGCGUUCACACACACCAGCAGAGGAAGUACGUUUGCAAAUUCGAGGACUGUGAGCUGGAGUUCAAGAAAAAAGAGCAGCUCAAGUCUCACAUGUGUGAACAGCACACCCAGCUGCCCUCUUACCAGUGCACUUAUGAAGGCUGCCAGAUGCGAUUCACCGUCCCCAGCAAGCUGAAGCGGCACGAGAAGGUGCACAGGGGGUACCCCUGUAAGGAGGAGGGCUGCAGCUUCACGGGGAAGACCUGGACAGAGUACCUGAAGCACAGGAAGGAGCAGCACAGGCUCGUCCUGAGGUGCGACCAGUGCAGCAAGGUCUUCAGGGACUCCUGGUUCCUGCAGCAGCAUCAGCGCGUCCACUCUGACACGCGGGUGGUCCUCAAGUGCCCCAGGGAUGGCUGUGACAGGUCAUUCACCACAGUGUUUAACCUGCAGAGCCAUGUCGGCUCCUUCCACGAGGAGCUGCGGCCCUUCGCCUGCACCCAUGCAGGCUGUGGGAAGACUUUCACCAUGAGACAGAGCCUCCAGCGUCACAGCAUUGUCCACGACCCGGAGAGGAAGAAGAUAAGGAAGCCUAGACCCAAAAGAUCCCUUGCUUCCAGGUUAAGCGGUUACAGAGAAACAAAGACAGUGGUUGUCAAAAAGCACAAUGGGCCUGGAUCCCUCACAGGGUCUGCACAGAAGAACACUGGUCCACCUGGUCCUGUGGAGUUGGUGUCCCUCCUGCAGGACACGUCCUUGCUGUGCAGCCCUGCUGUGGACACACAUGGACUUACUAAUGCUCUUACUCUGACAGUGUAGGCUGGAGAAUUUAUCAUGUGUUAUUAUUCCUGACCUGGUUGAUGGAAGUCUUGGUGUUGCAUGAGUUUGGUCUGUCAUUGUCAAAUGAAAGGUUCAUCAUUGUGGAAACUGUCACCUGAGCUGAUUUAUACUGAAUUGUGGUCUCUCUUAAAAUGAAUCCUGAAUAAUACAUACAGCAACUUUUUGCAUGGACCCGAAUCCUGGUGCUCCGUCCGUCUGGGUGUCGUCAACUGUAAUUUGUCUGUUUAAAUGAUAUUUGGGUGACUUUUUUCUAUUCUUCAAAGCCAUUAAAUCUGUUUCUGUAAUUUCUAUUUGAGAAAUAUAUAUUUUGUUCAUAUUGAGAAAUUGCUGAGAAAAUUAUGCAUUAUAAAAUGUUAGAAAAUGUAACUUUGCACAAAAAUAAAACCUGCUGAUGAAUAGUA